UGCACGUGUUUUGAACCAAUGACCUCACAUCUCUCAAUUACUACUUCCGGUGAAGAGAACAGUGUGACUGGGAGUAGGAAGAAAUCGUAAUCAUGUUGAUAAAAGUGAAGACACUUACAGGAAAAGAGAUUGAGAUAGACAUUGAACCCACUGAUAAGGUGGAGAGAAUAAAAGAGAGAGUGGAGGAAAAGGAAGGAAUUCCACCACAACAACAGAGGCUUAUUUUUAGUGGGAAACAAAUGAAUGAUGACAAGACUGCAGCAGAUUACAAAGUCCAAGGUGGAUCAGUGUUACAUCUAGUGUUAGCUCUCCGGGGAGGACACAGGGGACAUUGAUGACAAUCACAGACUUAAACUUUUUCAAAAUGUCUUGAAUGCACCUCUCUCUUCAAAGGGAGGGUGUUUUCUCUUUAGCGACUUUGGGAGAUAUUUGUUUAUUUAUUUAAACUGGACUGCAAAAUCAUCCCAUCAUCAUGUCCAGAGCCUUUUUUUUUACUUUUGAUGCCUGCAUAUUUACCAUCAUGUAAAGGAUACCACAAAGAAUUUUACAUUAAUUUUUUUUUCACUGCACUAAAGCCAAAGUGAGUGACCUAUUAACAUGUUGCAGCUUGAGAUGUGUUUAAAGAAUGGUACCUACUAAGAAAGAAAGGGAUAUUUAGUCAGUCCUUAUAAAUCAGUUUGCAUUCAGAAGUUUCUCUGGAGAAUACUGGCAUAUUGUGAUGUGUACUGUCACUGUGAAUCUGUGUGCUCUUUGAUGUCGUGCAAACAAAAUACCGUGAACAGGAAGUGCUCUCUGAAGAAGCCGUGAAACGGCAGGUCUAUUUGAGCGUGCAAAAUGCAUCAAGUUUUUGUAGAUAACUACCAUUUAGUUUAAUUCAAUGUAGAAAAAUAGACAUUUUGAAGGACAGAGUGAAAGCAAUGUACUUCUCUCCAAGUUUUUUAUCUAGUGGAUUGCAGCCAAAAAUUCAAUUUGAUACACUUUAGAAUAUUUAUUAAGAGAAUUAUAUAAAAGAUAGUGGAGACAAAAAUAUUGAAUUAUUUUCUGUAAUUCUGUUUUACCUUUAAAAUGCAUUUGAUGGAUUCUCAGAUUGUUUUGAUUAUUAGUUGAUCAUAACAAAAUGUCCUAGAUAGAGGUCGCUCUGACCUUUCUUUUUUAUGUGUAGUAUUAAAGAAAAACUAUAUCCAGUAUGUCAUAAUUUAACCACAGUUAUCGACGUUGUAAUCAUUGAAAUGUGCUUUUGUUAAUCUCAAACUGUAAUAAAGUCUAGGAACGGAC